AUGUACUGCGAGAAACAUUUCAAAGAAAAGACAUUUACACCCUCCGACAUUUAUCGUGUGGGGGAACGAUUUUCGCCAUUCUGGCCAGAAGAACCUGCAGUCUGGUUUGCGCAAAUAGAAGGAAGUUUUGCACUCUCAGGUGUCAAAUAUAAUUACGUCCGUGGCCAACUCGAAAACCGUUACGCUGCUGACGUGAAAGACAUUUUAAUUCAUCCUACACCAAGUGGCAAAUACGAAAAGCUAAAAAGCGAGCUUAUUAAAAGAUUAUCAGCGUCGCGUGAAAAAGAACUAACCCAAUUGCUGAUGCAGGAGGAAUUACGAGACAGGCGACCAUCGGCGUUUCUUCGGCAGCUGCAACAUCUAGCAGGCCCAAGCAUACCGGACGAUUUCAUAAAGACCGUGUGGACUAGACGCUUACCGGGCAACAUAAAAAUAGUCGUAGCAUCGCAGCCAGAGUCGUCACUUUCAGCACUCGCAGAUCUGGCUGAUAAUGUGCAAGACCUUGUACCACCAGCGCCACAAGUGGCCGCCACGGGCGCGGUCCCCAAUUCAAUGAUCGAGAAAUUGUCAAAAGAGAUUGCAGAGCUCAGGGGCCAAAAGCAGGACCUCUCUGCAAGAUAUUCUAGAUCCAGGACGAGGUAA